AUGCCAGUAGCAUAUUCCUACUCUACGUCCUCGUCCGCACGCCCCGAAACUCCGUUUCCUACACCCUCCUCCUACCCCUUUCUCGCAGAAGCCCCAACCGCAGGCAGCUCAGCAACCACAUUCCCACACCUCCUAUACUACCUCUCUGAAGUGCGACAUAGCACCACUAUCCCACUUUGCGGGGUUCUCAAACGGAUAGAUGAUAUGGCGAGGAUUGUUGCUGAGCUUCCGGAAGCUAUGUCUGCAUUGACUAAUCUGGAAGAUGAAGGGAGUUGGGUAAAAGGGAAGAAGAACAAUAAGGGGAAAGGGAAGGCAAAGGAGGGGGAAUAUUUGAUAAGGAAGCCGAAAGGAGAUAGAAGAUUAGCGCUGGGACUGCAUCUUAUGGCUGUAGUGCAAGCGUUGGAGGAGUGUGCGGUGGAUGGGUGGAAGGCAUGGGUGAAUGGGGAAGUUAAUGCUUGGGAGAGGAUGCAGGAGGAGGCGGAGGGUGGAUUUGAGGACGCAGUAAAGGAAGGGGAUGGUCGGAGGGAACGCCAGCACCAUUAUUUUCAUCACCAAAUUGGAGAAAACGCUCAUCUCUCGACCCUAGCAGCAGGUCUGCAAUCCGCACGACAGGAAAUAUACUCCAAGGAAAAGAAAAUUGAGUAUCUUAAAGAGUCGCUUCAAAACGCAUUAGCCGUCCUAGAGGCUUUAAGGGGUGCGGAAAUGUGGCACCGAAGCGACGCGGAGGAUAGAGACAUUGCAAUUGAUGAGAGAGAUAGGCUUAUGGAGGAGCAAAAGGAAAAGAAGGUUCAGGAUCUUGAAGAGUCGCUUCGAAACGUAGUAGCCAUCAAUGAGGAUUUGCAAGAGAGGUUGGAGGCUUUAAGGUUUGCGGAGAUCCAGCGUCGAUGCAUUGAAGAAGAGAAGCAUGAACAUCGACGGCGGGAAAUCAGGAAGAUCGGUAAGGCGACGAGGGGUAUUAACAAGGAGAAAGACAGCCUUGUUGAGAGAUUCCAGAACCUGAGCGUUUCCGGUUCUAGGCACCCCAGCUAUGAGGCAGAUGACGAGGAAGAUCGUGAUGGAGAAUGUGAAAAGGAAACCGAGCCCGCACCAUCUGUUCCACAGCCAACCAGUCAGCAGGAUAAAAACAACCCUUUCCCACCUCUAUCCUACCCCACAACUAAAGCCUCACGCUACAACCUCAUAGACCUAAGUUCCACUGCGGUUGAAACCGGUAGCCAACACAACCUCUCAUCCACCUCCUCCACUUACAACUCCGAUCAAUCGCCCCAACAUUCUAGCUCAGUAUCUCUAUCCCCUAUCCCCGAAGUUCCGGACGAAGAAGAGAUCAUUGUCGUCCAUGAAAAUCUUCAACGGUGGCAGAGAGAAGAGAAAGAGCGGCGCGAGGAAAUGGACGAGUAUUCUUACAACACUACUUCCCACAGCGGCUCCACUCUUGAGAAAUCUCUGUCAGAUCCACCAUACAUCCACAUCCUGCUGCCGGCUAACUUUACAUUCUCGCCCAAUGGCCAUCAUGCCUCAUUGUUGACGUUUCCAACCUCGGCGUCUGUAUUCCACUUCCCGUUCGGUGCGACAAGGGAACAGCUUCUGCGGGUUCUAGAACAUAUUUCUAGUCAUUUCUAUUCGAGAUUUGAGCCUCCGGAGGAAUUUAAUAUCAUGCAAGUGCGCACGCGGGUUAUGGAAUGGGAACUUAAGAAAUCGAUUGCUAGGGUACUAAAGGGGCGGGCAUGGAAGUGCCAGGAAGGAAAUAUGGAUGUGGGUGGGGUUUGGCAGACGGAAGGUGAGGGGGAUACAUAUAUGGUAUCUAGUAUGGACGUGUUUUUCCAGGGGGUUUCGACAGUGGUCGGAGAAAGCGACGUGGAAUUUGAAACGGAGAAAUGCUAUGAAGGCGGCGUACCUGGAUUUCCACAGAAUCCUACUCGCCUGAAUAUUAGAGGCGGCGGGGAAGAAAGAAGCUUAGCAACCUCUGAGCCCAUAGGUCGAGAAUCCGAUGAGGGCUACGCUACCACCAGCGAUGGGUUCGGAGACUCCAAUAGCCUCUUCUUCCUGCACUCCGACACUCCAACCAGUCUGGAAGGCAUGAAAGCUCAAUACCACGCAAUAUACAUGCCAAACCAAGCUAACAACCCCUCCUGGAUGCAGGAAGCCCGGAUGCUGCAACUCAAGACCUCGGCCCUUGUACACGAGCUCUCGUCGCUACAGCGCCAAUAUGACGAAGCUCAAUUUGAGCUUGAAAGACAAAACAGGAGGAUGAACGUCCUGUUUCGUACGAUCGAUACUCAGCUCAAUGAGACUAAGGUAAUAUUAGAGAGAGAGGCUAGGAUAAAGAAGAUGGUGGAGAAUUAUAGGCAUCCGUACAUUGCGUAUCUGACCGCCGUGAGAGAGAUGCGAGACAUGGCAGAAGGAGCCCUGCAGAAUGCCUUAAGCCCAUACGAGAAAGUUAUAAUAGAGCCUGAGGGAAAUGAUCAACAAAAAAGAAACGGUGACGGGAACGGUCCAAGCAUGAGAGGUGGUGCAGGCGGAGACGAGCGAUAUACCGACAAUAUAAACCGGCCUGUUUCAUACGGAAGGAAACACGCCUUGGAGAAGUAUCAGAAACCGGGUUCCGAUGAGCCCCAAUCCUGGAGCUUCAUCUUUGACGUUGAUGCCUCGGCAAUUAUUUUCGAAGACCCAUGGCGCUUUUACCAAUGGCCUCGGAAUAGCACUCUAGCCCAAAUCCGGCAAGUCUUGGAGUACAGAAAAGCCAAUCGAACGGAGAACGAUACAAUUCUUAGGCGCAUCCGCCAUAUCUUCGAAGGUCGGCAAGAAUUGGGAAUUCCGGACCCAGUUCUACACUCUGGCGAUCGAGUGCGUAUCACCUACCCGACCGAAGGCCUGGGGAGGCUUUUCAGAAGGCAGCGAAGGGCCGACGCUUCUGAUCCUGUUUGCGAGUAUCUUCGAUCUGAAGAUUUGCAAAUCUCUCGAGCUGAGUGUGGGAAGGAAGAUGAAUAUGUUAACCCCCGAGAUUUCAUCAACGAGUUCACUGAUGACAACGAAUGUGAACCUGACGGUAGGUCGAACUGCUCUGGGCGCUCCUCAGACUCAAGCUACUCCUGGACUUUCCCACCUCCGCCAAAUUCAGUAUCUCAACCAAGCCCUUGUGAAAUGAUUCCAAACCCCGAGGAUCGCUUCACUGGAAAGGCGCUGUGUUGCAGGACCACUGCGGAGAGCUUGGUUAGGAACAUGACGGACGAGCAGUUCCAGAGCCUGGAGAAUUGGAGGCUUGGACCUGGCCUCGACACUUCCGAGUAUCCCGCCCCUACGGGGUACGCAAACUCUCAGGGCAACGGAUGUUUUUUCUGUGAUCUUCCUUUCGAUGUACUAGAAUUUGAGCCUGCAAGUGGCGAUUCGACCUUGUAUGGCAAUAGCGACGGCGAGGAUAGCGACGAUACUGGCAUCCCAGUAAUAACACUCAGUCGUUCGUCAUUAAAGUCGAGCCUUCAAGGCGAAGCAGCAUACAGCGACCUCCGAGGCUGCUCGCAAAUCUCACAUACUAGGGACACAAGUUUCUCGUAUCUUCGCCACCAUUCCCGCACUAUCCCACCUCGCCCACCUGUAUCCCUUCUGUCAAUGCCACCAGAUUCCCCCCUUAGGGAUUAUGCAACAUCCUCCGUGGUUCUUUGCAGAGAGCCUAGAGGGGAACGCCGUCUUCACGUGAGAAAUAUAGCUCGCCCAUGGCCUGGUUCGCAGCGGAUGUCCAACGGAGAUUUCACGGAGUGGGUUGAGAGUGGGGCUCAGGGAAGGGAAAUCCCGUUGUUUCAAUUAAAUUCCAUCCCCCCAGCAAAGUCGGCUACGCAUUUGAAACCAGAAAUCUAUGCGGCAUAUUCAGAAGAGUCGCAGGGCAAGGAAUCAUCUUCACUGGCUAGGGUGGAUGCCAUCUCCCAUGGCAGGCUCUGGAGUAAGGCAACUGAGGAGAUGCUCGCAGAGAAGAAAGAACGAAUAGUACUCUCCAGGGAAGGACAACAGUCUAGAAAAGGGACUGUAGACAAACCAACUUGCAGAGAUGUUGGCUAUGGAGAUAUUACUGAAGCCAUCGAGGAAAUUAAGCCUGGUCCACUGAGUCGUUUCUCUAUGGAACCGCGACUAGCCGCCAAUGUGCUCACGGGCGCUCCUGCCAGGCCACGGCGACCGAAUGCCGACUGGGGUCACCCACUGGAGCCUAACGAUGAGUCGAGCGAGCAGAUGACGCCGGAAAUUGGAGUGAGAGUUUCAAGGCAGCAGAAGGAGUGGGUAGAUCCUACUGAAGCUGGGCCUUCAGAACCAAGUAAUUAUUUGAAGUACGCGAAGAGAGGCGUAGAGGAGGGUUAUGACGGCAUGUUGGGUGAUAAGUUGUUCGCAAGUACAGGCGAAAGUGAGAUCGGCAAGGGGAAAGGAAGGAGCAAUGGAAUGGGUGGUGUAAGCAGGACUGGCAGUGGGGCAUGGAGGAACUGA